CCGACUUUAAAGUACGCCUUCGUUCUCCUACAAAGACUUCUUAUCUCGCAUCCGCGCAUAAGCUCUUCCUGUGUGGUUAUAGGAAUUCCAAGCCUUGCUCGUCUAUCUUUUUUUCUAGUCCGAGUCGUGUUAAGAAUGGCAACGAAGAGGAGCGUUAGCGAUCUGAAGGAAGCAGAUCUGAAGGGGAAGAGGGUGUUCGUUAGGGUAGAUCUGAACGUUCCUCUCGAUGACAACCUCAAGAUCACCGAUGAUACCAGAAUUAGGGCUGCCGUUCCCACCAUCAAUUACUUGAGGGAGCACGGAGCUAAGGUCAUUCUCUGCAGUCAUCUGGGCCGCCCUAAAGGUGUCACUCCGAAAUACAGCUUGAAGCCUCUUGUGCCUAGGAUAUCAGAACUUCUUGGAGUUGAUGUUGAAAUGGCCAAUGAUUCCAUUGGCGAGGAAGUGGAGAAAAUUGUCGCUGCAUUACCUGAUGGUGGCGUUGUUCUUCUUGAGAAUGUGAGAUUCCAUAAGGAAGAAGAGAAGAAUGAUCCGGAGUUUGCAAAGAAGCUUGCUUCUCUUGCUGAUCUCUAUGUUAAUGAUGCCUUUGGAACCGCUCACAGAGCUCAUGCUUCCACAGAGGGUGUUGCAAAGUACUUGAAACCUGCUGUUGCUGGCUUCCUGAUGCAGAAGGAACUUGAUUAUCUUGUCGGGGCUGUUUCGAAUCCGAAGCGACCUUUUGCUGCCAUUGUUGGUGGUUCAAAGGUUUCAACAAAGAUUGGGGUGAUCGAGUCACUCUUAGAGAAAGUUGAUAUCCUUCUUCUUGGAGGAGGAAUGAUUUUCACAUUCUACAAGGCACAAGGACAUGGUGUUGGUUCCUCUCUUGUUGAGGAAGAUAAGCUUGGUCUAGCCAUAGCUCUUAUUGAGAAGGCAAAGCUGAAAGAAGUGAAACUCUUGUUACCCUCUGAUGUCAUCGUGGCUGACAAGUUUGCAGCAGAUGCCAACAGCAAGGUUGUGCCAGCAUCUGCCAUCCCUGAUGGAUGGAUGGGCCUUGACAUUGGACCAGAUUCCAUUGAGACAUUCAAUGCAACUCUUGACAACGCUAAAACCAUUAUCUGGAAUGGGCCCAUGGGUGUCUUUGAGUUCGAGAAAUUCGCUUUUGGAACAGAUGCCAUUGCCCAGAAAUUGGCCGACCUUACUGGAAAAGGUGCCGCAACCAUCAUCGGCGGCGGCGACUCUGUCGUUGUUGUGGAGAAAGCCGGGCUUGCCGAUAGGAUGAGCCAUAUCUCAACAGGCGGUGGAGCAAGCUUGGAACUUCUGGAAGGAAAAUCACUGCCUGGUGUUCUUGCCCUUGAUGAUGCUUGAGAACCAAGCUGGCCAUUAAUGGCUUUUUAUUGAGGGAGUUUUGUGAGUUAUUUAUUAACUUUAAACCUUCUGGCAGCUGAGCUGCUGCUCUUUUUCUUGGUAUGUUCUUAUAGAAAUAAGUGGAGGGACCACUGCUUCUGUGUUUUAAUAUUGAAGGUUUUGUUGUUAAUGACUUUGAUUAAGAAAUGUGUGGAAACAACAGUUUUGAUGAAAUACUUCCAACACUUUCUAUU